AUGACUGCCACGCCAAGUGCCCCCCCUGGUUCUCUUGGCAACCUCAAUCCAGCGCAGGAGGCCAAGCUGCGCGAAUUCUGGAAUAUUUUGCUCCAGAGCUGGGACACGAAUGAUGCAAAGCCCAAUGGCACACCCAAAUCCCCCACCGAGUCCACAGACACAGCGAAGAGCCAUCGCAGGUUCUUCUCUCUGAGCCGCUCGCAACCCCAACCCACCGACGACGAGCUCUCCGCAAUCCCACCCAAAAUGCUCGCCUCACUCAAAAGCUUGAAUACAGCCUCACCAGAGCUCAAAGCAGUCCAGUCCGUCUUAACCCAGAUAAGCGGCGACCAGCUCCGCGCGGCGUACACCAGCAGCCUGAAACAAGACCACCCGGACGCGCUGCUUCUGCGGUUUCUGCGCGCCGAGAAAUGGGACGUCCCCAAAGCGUGGAUCAAAUUCGCCAAGGCGCUGAACUGGCGCGCCAACGAGUUCCGAGUCGACGAGGAGGUUAUCGCGAAGGGCGAAGGGUAUGCCCUGGAAAAGGCGCGGAAUGGAGAGGGGGAGGAGAAGAGCGAUGGCGAGGGCUUCUUGGUGCAGCUGAGAUCGGGCAAGGGCCAUAUCCAUGGUGCUGAUGCUGCGGGGCGUCCGAUUGUUGUUGUGCGUGCGCGGGUGCAUAGCCCGAGUGACCAGACGGCGAGGGCGUUGAAUAAUUAUAUUGUUCAUUGUAUUGAGACGUUGAGGGUUACGAUGGUUCCGCCGGUGGACACGAUAACGGUGGUCUUUGACCUGAGUUCCUUCUCUCUCUCUAACUGGGACUUCCCUCCGGUGAAAUUCAUCAUUGAGACUUUCCAAGAGCAUUAUCCCGAGUCACUGGGCGCGCUGAUCUUCUACAACGCACCCUGGAUCUUUAGCGGAAUGUGGAAACUCAUCCAGCCAAUCUUGGACCCCGUAGUCGCCGCCAAAGUCCAUUUCCUCAACGGUGCCCAGGCCCUCGAGCAGGUGAUCCCCCAGAACCGCAUCCUGAAGGAACUCGGCGGCGCUGAGGACUGGGAGUACGAGUAUAUCGAACCGAAGGCAGAUGAAAACGAUAAACUACAGGACACGGCCACGCGAGACACCAUUCUUGCAGACAGAACAAAGCUGGCGGAUGAGUUUUUCGGCUUCACUGCUGAGUGGAUCUCAGGGCCGGAGGUUGAUGAGUCCGUGAACAGCAGUAGAGACCAAGUUAUUAAGAAGCUCAGCGAGAACUACUGGACGCUUGACCCCUAUGUGCGUGCUCGUACUAUCCUCGAUCGAACGGGUGUGAUCAAGGGACAAGGGGAAGUCGAUUUCUAUGCAGAUGCAGGAUCGAAGACUCCCAGCGGCAAAGGGGAGAGUACUUUGGAGGAUGCUAACGACCCGAGAUUUGUGGAGGUGGCCGUUUAA